AUGCCACCUCCACAUACCCCACCCAAUGAAUUGAUCGAUGGUCUCAAGGACCAGUUGAACAAGAGGAGAAGCAUCUCGUCAAUUCCAGUCAACAACUCACCUGUGAUGAAUGUUGCCUCGAUGCAACCUCUAUCACACUCGGCAGAGUUACUCAACUCCUCUGCAGCCAGCUCACCAUCAAUGACUCGUCCAGGUAUCAGUCCAUUUGGCUCUCCACCAGCCUCACCCACAUCAUCCAAAGACAAGGAAAAAGAGAAGGAAAAGGAGAAAGACAGCAAACACAAGGAUAAGGAUAAUGAUAAGGAUUCAAAGAGAAGAUCACAAAUGUUACCUCAACUGCAUAUUGGUGGCGGAGGUAGUUCUCCAAAGAUGUCACCAAUGAUCCAUGUUAAGAGUGAUGAGUUGAGCAGUGCCAGGAAGAAUCUACGCAAGAGUAUCAUUGUCAGCAAGAAGGCAUUGGCGGUACAAUCAAGUGAGCUUGGCAUAAUGGUGGAGGCACCAGAGAAGAGGGGAACAUUGAACAUGAUGAAGAUUGACUUUAGUUACGCGCCAAUGUCCCAGUCUGCCGAGAUUUGGAGUCAGACAUACUGCUCACUGCGAGAGGGUUCAUUAUAUAUUUAUAACAACGAAAGAGAUGUGAAUGAGAUUGAGGUGAUCACUUUGGACAAGGCAAUUGUAAGAGAGAAGGAUAGCAAGGAGAGUUGUUUCCAAUUGAUUGCCACGACUACUCUGGCCGAUGGAACGACUGGCCAGAUCUUCAGAUACUUCUCCACACUCAACACCGAGGAGUUUGACUACUUCUCUUGGAUUGUCUCUUUGCGAGGCAGUAUCUUCUUCCUCAAAUCAUUGAACAGUUCAUCCAAAGUUAAGCGUCCAAUGUCUGUACCACUUCCACUCAAUAAGACAAGUCCUUUGAAUACUAGCACGGACAAGCUGUCACAGACUACAUCGAUACCACCACCAAAGAAGAGUACACCAUCAUCUCCAUUGAUUGAUAGGAAGUUGGGCAAUGAUAAGGAUCAGUCCAAGAGAGCUUCAAUGAAGUUAUUGCCAACCUCACCAAACACGUCGACCACUCUACUGGACGAGGAGUUCAGUGGUGCCAAGCGAGGCAACUUGAACGUGUUGGGAGGCAAGUUAAUUUCAAAGUGGAAGAGCCGUUGGGUAGUGUUAAGCAACGACACACUGGCACUAUACAAGUCACCAGAGUCUGAGGCCAAGAAGGAUGUGAUCAAGUCACUCAACAUUAUCUUUUGUUCGGCCAAGGUUAUCAAGUCCACAAACGACAAGUACACAUUCCAGGUGGUCAGCACCAACAAGACUAUCCACUUCUCAUGUCCAUCGGGAGAGGUGAUGCUCAACUGGAUCACAAGCAUUCAGGCAGCCCAAUCGAUUGCCAUGGAGGCAUAUCUACAAUACGACCUGUCCAGCAGCACUGGAAGCACAGGAAGUCGCAGCAGUUUAGGCAGCAGCACGGGUAGCAUCAGACUCAAGAGCGAUGAUAUUGAGGAUGAGGUGCAGAAGGAGUUGGACAAGAAUCGUGAUACGUUGUGCCAGCUUCGAUCAGUUGCCGCCAAUCAAGUGUGUGCUGACUGUGGCGCACCAGAUCCCCUUUGGGCCAGUAUCAAUCUCGGAGUAUUCAUCUGCAUCCAGUGUUCUGGCGUGCAUCGUAGCAUGGGAGUGCAUCUAUCCAAGGUGCGUUCAGUCACUAUGGACAAGUGGGAGACAGCAACCAUCGUCUUUUUCCAAGAGACUGGUGGCAAUCUGCGAGUUAAUGCCAAGUAUGAAUGUUGCAUUCCACCUCAACGAAAGAAACUAUUACCAGGCGACUCGACCGAGGAUAGAGAGCGUUACAUUCGCGACAAGUACGAUCUCAAACUUUUCACCCAACAACAGCAUCAGCCACAACAGCCACAGCAGGCCAUAGCCGUCGAAUAA